CUGCUCCCGGAGGCCCCGCCCACCGGCGCGGCCGGAGGUCAAAGGGCGCCACCGUGCGCACUGGGCAUGCGCGGAAGUGAACGCGCGCAGGCGCACUGGCGCGCUGGGAGGUGGGUGCCCUGAGUGCUCUCCCUGCUUCCGGGCUCCCGUCACCUUCUCCCAGGACCGUGAGUGUCCCGCAGGUGACCCCCAGGCACAGCCCUGCGGGCGGGAUGGCAGGAAGCAUGGAGGGUGCCGCGGGUGCUGACCUGAGUGUGUCCGCGGAGGAGGAGAGGGUCCCGCCGCAGGCCCCCCAGGCGGAGCAGGGGCCGCUCUUGUAUCCCGAGGAGACCAUCGAUCUGGGCGGAGACGGGAGCAUCUCAGAGGACACCAGCAACUUCCUGGAUAAGCUCAACGAGCACAUGAUGGAGAGUGUCCUCAUUUCAGAUUCCCCUAACAACAGCGAAGAUGACGCCGGUGACCUUGGCUGCCUGCGGGAUGUCUCGGAGCCCAGCCUGGCCGGGGCAGCUGCCGAAGGGCUGCGCUCCCCGAGUGAUGGCAGCGAGGCCGACACAGAUGACACGCCCAGAGACCUCUCUGACCUGACCUCCGACAGCAGGGCCUCUCUGAAGGAGGAGCCCACCCAGGAGGAGGCAGCGGGCACUCCUGUCUUGGAGGAUGCAGGUGCCGAGGGCUUGGCACCCCGGGCAGAGGAGCAGGCCCCAGCCCCGGCCCCAGCUGUACCUUCCAGCCGGCCGGCCAAAGACGAGCCGGUGCCUGUGUGCACCAUCUUCAGCCAGGCGAGCCCCACAGCCGCCCAGCCGCAGCUCUUCCUGCAGGAUGGCUUCGAAUCGCAGAUGGUGAAAUCUCCGAGCUUCAGCAGCGCCAGCGAGCCCUCCGCCAAGACCCCUCCGCAGGCGGUGCGGCCCAGCCCCAGCCUGAGCAGGUUUUUUGGGGAUACAGUGAGCGGGAACUCAGCAGCCUCUGGCUUCUUUGACUCCUUCACCACGUCCACUUUCACGUCGGUCAGUAAUCCCCACGCGGGCUCCUCUGGCCCAGACAAGUUGUCUCCACUGAGCACCCCGGUGGGAGAGAAGUCCCCACGGCCCUCUGACUCUCCCUAUCCUUUGGGGACGGAGGGAUCGGAUUCGAGGGCCUCCACGGCCUUGCAGGACAUGCCCGACUCCCCAAGACCGUUUUCACAGAUCCAGGCUGUGUUUGCAGGGAGUGACGACCCUUUCGCCACAGCGCUCAGCAUGAGCGAGAUGGACCGGAGGAACGAUGCGUGGCUUCCCAGCCAGCGCACCAGGGAUGUCCUGGCCGCCGUGGCCACCCAGCAGGGCGGCACAGUGUUCGUGGGCAAGGAGAGCCUCACCAUGCCAGGGCUCAGGUUCGACAACAUUCAGGGAGAUGCAGUAAAGGACUUGAUGCUUCGCUUCCUGGGUGAAAAAGCUGCGGCGAGGAGGCAGGUCCUCAGUGCCAGCUCCGUGGAGCAGUCCUUUGUUGGGCUGAAGCAGCUCAUUAGCUGCAAAAACUGGAGGGCAGCAGUUGACCUGUGCGGACGCCUCCUCACUGCCCACGGCCAGGGCUACGGCAAGAGUGGGCUGCCCACCAGCCACACCACAGACUCGCUGCAGCUUUGGUUCGUGAGGCUGGCACUGCUGGUGAAGCUGGGCCUGUUCCAGAAUGCUGAGGUGGAGUUUGAGCCCUUUGGGAACCUCGACCAGCCAGACCUUUACUAUGAAUACUACCCGCACGUGUACCCCGGCCGCAGGGGCUCCAUGGUCCCCUUCUCAAUGCGCCUCUUACACGCAGAGCUUCAGCAGUAUCUGGGGAAUCCACAAGAGUCGCUGGACAGACUGCACAGAAUCAAGACCGUCUGCAGCCAGAUCCUGAGCAACCUGGAACAAGGCCUGGCGGAGGACGGGGGUGUGAGCAGCACGACCCAGGAGAACAGGCAGGCCUCCCUGCAGCUGUGGCGGGCACGCCUGGGCCGGGUGACAUACUCCGUGGCCAACUGUCUGCUGCUGAUGAAGGACUACGUGCUUGCUGCGGAUGCCUACCGUUCGGUCGCCAGGUGCCACCCGGAGCAGGAGCCGCAGCUGCUGAGCGGCAUCGGCCGGAUCUUCCUGCAGAUCGGAGACAUCAAAACAGCUGAGAAGUAUUUCCAAGAUGUGGAGAAAGUAACACAGAAAUUGGAUGGACUGCAGGGCAAAAUAAUGGUUCUGAUGAACAGAGCGUUCUUGCACCUGGGGCAGAACAACUUCGCCGAAGCCCACAGGUUCUUCACUGAGAUCUUGAGGAUGGACCCGACCAACGCUGUGGCCAAUAACAAUGCUGCCGUGUGCCUGCUGUACUUGGGCAAGCUCAAGGACUCCCUGCGGCAGCUGGAGGCCAUGGUCCAGCAGGACCCCCGGCAGUACCUGCACGAGAGCGUCCUCUUCAACCUGACCACCAUGUACGAGCUGGAGUCCUCGCGCAGUGUGCAGAAGAAGCAGGGCCUGCUCGAGGCAGUGGCCAGCAAGGAAGGGGACAGCUUCAACACCCAGUGCCUCAAGCUGGCCUAGGCCUCAGUGCCGCAGCCCUGCUGGGCAAUAAAGGCCUGACACACU